UCUCGGCACUCAUCGACGGCUGCACCUGCUGCCGCCCCUGGGCUGCUUCCUCUGGAGGGAUAUCGGGUCCUUGACAUGACCCGAGUCUUGGCUGGCCCAUAUUGUACUCAAAUCUUGGGCGACCUUGGCGCCGAGGUGAUCAAGAUCGAACACCCCGUCCGUGGAGACGAUACCCGGGCGUGGGGCCCUCCCUAUGCUCAAUACAAGGCCGACUCGAACCACAAGGGCCCUGGGGAAGCAGCAUACUUCCUAGGUGUCAACCGGAACAAGAAAUCUUUAGCUCUAUCCUUCCAGGACCCAGCAGGCGUCGAGAUCCUACACAAGCUCGCCGCCAAGUGUGACAUCCUGGUAGAGAACUACAUCCCAGGCGCGCUGAAGAAGUAUGGUCUCGACUUUGAGACCAUCCACAAGAUCAACCCUGGGCUCAUCUAUGCCUCCAUUACGGGGUACGGUCAGACCGGCCCGUACUCACAACGCGCCGGUUACGAUGUCAUGAUCGAGGCCGAGUUCGGACUCAUGCACAUCACGGGCACCAGAGACGGACCACCUGUGAAGGUCGGCGUGGCUGUGACUGACCUGACCACCGGUCUGUACACGAGCAACAGCAUCAUGGCCGCCCUGCUGGCUCGGCAGAAGUCCGGCAAGGGCCAGCACCUGGAUGUGGCUCUGAGCGACUGUCAGACGGCCACCCUGGCCAACAUUGCAAGCAGCUGUCUCAUCAGCGGGGCAAAGGACACCGGGAGAUGGGGCACCGCACAUCCAUCCAUCGUUCCAUACAAGGCCUUCAAGACCAAGGAUGGCGAUAUCCUCUUCGGCGGCGGAAAUGAUCGUCUGUUCGGCAUCCUCUGCGAUGGCCUUGGGAAGCCAGAGUGGAAGGACGACCCUAAAUUCAAGAUCAACUCGCAGCGUGUCGCCAACAGAGACGAGCUCGAGGCAGAAAUCGAGAAGGUCUCGACGCAGAAGACAACCCAGGAAUGGCUCGAGGUGUUUGAGGGCAGCGGCCUGCCCUAUGCUGCAGUGAACGAUGUGCAGGGGACGCUGCAGAACGAGCACACGAGGGCGCGCAAUAUGGUGAUCGAGGCAGAUCAUGAGGAAUGCGGCCCGAUCAAGCUCGUCAACACGCCCAUGAAGUUUUCAGGGAGCAAGCCCGGGCUCAGGACGCCACCGCCGUCCUUGGGUCAACAUACGGACGAGGUGCUCAAGGAAUAUCUUGGGUAUGAUGAGACCCAGAUUACUAGCCUAAAAGAGAAGGGCGUGGUGAGGUGACGCUAGACUAGACGCAUUAGACAACAAUUUACAGGUGGAACAGCCUGCGGUGACGAUGCAUGUUCUGAGGCUCGAUCCAGGAACAUUAACUGCUAAGUAUACAGAGGUUCCAGUCAUUUCAUAAAGAAAAGGAACGUCUCACC